AUGAGCUACCAAGUGUCUUCCGUCUUUUUGCAAAAGUUUUCGCCCAAGGAAAUUCACGAGCUUAAGCGCGUGUUUAAAGAGCAUGACCAUGAUUAUGCAGCAUCUGUGCCCGUGUCUGAUCUUUACAUGGUGUUACAAAAGCUUGGUGAGAACGUAACACCCAACCAGACGAUGGUUAUGCUGCAGCAGACGAAGCAGUCAAGACCCGAGGAGCUUACGUUCCAGGAGUUUUUAGAGCUCUUGUAUGACUUUCGCAAUGGCGUUAUUUCUUUGGACCCUUCAUUGUUCUUGAGUCAUGCUUCCAUAGCCCCUCCUCCAGUGCUCGCGCCUGUUGCGGCGUCGGAUGCAGUAUCUGAGCCUUCUGUUGCUGCAGAAACGCAAUCAGAUUUUAAUCAGCAAAGGACGGCAAGCUGGAAACAGCAUCAACCACCCAAGCUGCAGACACAAGCUCCGGCUUUUACACAAAAAGCUCAGUGGCCUCCUGUUGGAACACCGACGACUCCGACGGCAACGCCAGCGCCGGUUGCGAACAAACCACACUGGUCUCCUGCUGCUAAUCAAGCAGCAUCGUGGGGACAUACGCCGUCGUCUGCGUCACAACCACUAACCCCUGCUGCGGUACCAACGCAAACAAAGCCGCUGUGGCCGCCACCGGGAUCCAGCAACACGACCUCGACGAAGUCGCAGUGGUCAUCUGCGAUGUCUUCUGCACCUAUUUCAGCCCCCUCACCUUCUGCCGCGACUGUAAAAUGGCCUCCUGUCGGUGAUAAUAAUGGAGACAAGAGUUUUAGAAAGCCUCAGUGGCCUCCUGCGGGGACCUCCCCUAGUACGCCAGAAUCUCAAUGGAAAUCGACGUCUACACCAGUUGAAGCUACUUUGAAGAGCCCGGUGUCUGCUAUACCAUCACCGUGGUCGUCUGCAGGCGAUGGAACAGCAAAGCCGCAAUGGCCUCCGAGCGCAUCAGCGUCUACUCCAACUGACAUGAAGCCCCGCGCGUUUUCGGAAGCACCAAAGCGUACUCAAUGGCCACCGAGUACGCCACCGCCCGUGCCUAUGACGGCUCAUUCUUCUUCUCGCUUGCCUGUGGAGCGGACUAUGCCAGUCUCACCUGCAAAGGGUCAAUUUUUGAGUGGCAACGUUGAUGCACACACGUUGAAUGUUUUGCAGCGACGUGCGAGCGCAGCUGCACAAUAUAGCUCUACUAUCUACGAAGUAAAAGGUACUGCUGGUGGUCUGCACUCGUAUUCAGAGGAAGAGACUGUCGCCUUUACGGAGCACAUCAACAACACUUUACAAGCGGACAAGGAUGUUGCGUAUUUGAUGCCAAUUAGCGUGGAUGCUGGUCUAUUCAGGACGGUAUGCGAUGGCGUGGUGCUGUGUAAGCUGAUUAACAAGGCUGUACCUGAGACAAUUGAUGAGCGCGCUCUUAACUUUGUAAAGCGGUCGAAGGAGCUGAAUGUGUACCAGAAAACCGAGAACCAGAAUUUGUGCAUUAACGCGGCGAAGAGCAUUGGUUGCAGCGUUGUAAAUAUUGGUCCCGAUGACUUGAUUGAAGGCAAACCUAUUCUUGUGCUAGGCCUAGUGUGGCAGAUAAUCAAGAUUCAGCUGACGUCGACCAUUAACUUGAAGAACCACCCCGAGCUUAUGCGGCUUCUACUGGAUGGCGAAACACUGGAAGCAUUUAUGAAACUACCUCCUGAUCAGAUUUUGCUGCGAUGGAUGAAUUAUCACCUGAAGGCAGCAGGUCACCCGAAAAUGGUUACGAACUUCAGUACGGACAUGCAGGAUGCGAUCGCUUACAGUGUCCUGUUGCAUCAUAUUGCGCCCCAGCAGUGCGACUUGUGUAACGAGUCUAUUCCGGAGGAACGCGCAGCGCAUGUAAUUCAAAAUGCGCGUCGCUUGGAAGUUGAGACGUUUAUCAAACCUCGGGAUAUUACCAGCGGCAAUCCGAAGCUGAACAUGUCGUUCGUGGCUCAGCUUUUCAACACAUGUCCGGCGUUGGAUGUUGUUGAAGAAGAGAUUAAACAGCUCGAAGAGAUUUUGUACGAUGAUGUUGGUGAUACACGUGAAGAACGUGUCUUUCGGAUGUGGAUCAACUCGUUGGCGAUUGAUGACGUGUACGUCAAUCAUUUGUACUCCGACUUGAGCGACGGUAUGAAACUUCUCAAGGUUUUGGAUAAGAUUCAGAAGGGCAUUGUCGCCUGGAACAGGGUAAACAUGGUAGCGCCGAACAAGUUUAAGCAGGUUGAAAACUGCAAUUACUGUGUCGUGUUGGGUAAACAGCUUAAAUUCUCGCUGGUAAAUGUUGGCGGCGCUGACAUUUUUGAAGGUGCGAAGAAAAUGAUCCUGUCGAUCGUGUGGCAGAGCAUGCGAUACCAGCAACUGAAAAUACUGAGCGAGCUAUCAGCAGGCCGUGCUGAAAUUACUGACAAGGAUAUCAUUGGGUGGGCGAAUGAGAAGGUACGACAGAGUGGACGGGCAAAGGGCAACAUCGUGUCGUUCCGGGACCCGAGUCUAUCCGACGGUCUGUACUUGCUUGACUUGGUGCAUGCUGUCGAGCCUCGCGCCGUGAAUUGGGAUAUGGUAUUACAGGACAAGACGGAUGAUGCGAAGACCAGCAACGCCAAAUACGCUAUCAGUUGUGCGCAGAAGAUUGGUGCGACCGUUUUCUUAACGUACGAGGAUAUUGUGGAGGUGAAGCCCAAGAUGAUGAUGACGUUUGUGGCGAGUCUUAUGUUGGUUGACCACCAACGGGCAUAG